GGGCGGAGGCGGCUGCCGCGGCCUGGGCCUGUCAGCGUCCGGGGGCCUCCGAGCGGAGCGGGGAACGAUAGGCAGGAGCGGGCCGGGGGGAGAAUGGUGCAGAGCGGCCCUGUGCCCGCGUCCGCCCCGCUGCCUCCGCCGCUGCUGUUGCGUGUAUACGCGGCCCGUUAGCGAAACCUCCAUCCCGGCCCACCGGCCAGCCAGCGGAGGGACGCCUUCAGAGAAGAUCACAAGUUCCUAUUGAGAGACUUAAUCCUCCGGACUGGGUCACUACUUUGAUUUCAGAGUCUGAAGAGAAUCCUCCUUGCUGGAGAAAAACAGAACUGAUUCAGGAGUCAAGUGGAACUAAUGAGAAUAAUGUUUACCAUCAACCCUUUGGAGAACCUGAAGGCCCACAUCAGCAGUCGCCCUCCACUGGUCGUCUUUAUGGUCAGCGUGAGUGCCAUGGCCAUUGCUUUCUUGACCCUCGGCUAUUUCUUUAAAAUAAAGGAGAUCAAGUCACCAGAAAUGGCAGAGGAUUGGAACACUUUUCUUCUGAGGUAUAAUGACUUGGACUUGUGUGUUUCGGAGAAUGAAACUUUAAAGCAUCUCCUGAAUGACACUGCCACCUCAGAGACUGCAGUGACCAGUGGGCAGGCUCGGUCAGCCACCCAGGCACCUCAGGCCGUCGAAGACUCCGGUCCAACCAACAUUUCUGUUGCUAUCACUCUGACCUUGGAUCCGUUAAAGCCCUUUGGAGGGUAUUCCCGAAAUGUCACACACCUGUAUUCCACCAUUUUGGGCCAUCAGAUUGGGCUUUCAGGUAGAGAAGCCCAUGAGGAGAUCAAUAUUACGUUUACUCUGCCUGCAGCUUGGAACUCUGAUGACUGUGUGCUCCAUGGUCACUGCGAGCAGGUGGUCUUCACUGCCUGUAUGACUCUCACAGCUGCUACCACUGUGUUUCCUGUCACCAUACAACCACCACAUUGCAUUCCGGAAACCUACAGCAACGCCACACUUUGGUAUAAAGUCUUCACCACCGCCAGAGACCCAAAUACAAAAUAUGCCCAGGAUUACAAUCCUCUCUGGUGUUACAAAGGGGCCAUCGGGAAGGUCUACCAUACUCUAAAUCCCAAACUCACUGUCAUUGUACCAGACGAUGAUCGGUCCCUGAUAAACCUGCAUCUCAUGCAUACCAGUUAUUUCCUCUUUGUGAUGGUGAUUACCAUGUUCUGCUAUGCUGUCAUCAAGGGCAGGCCAAGCAAACUUCGACAAAACAAUGCGGAAUUCUGCCCAGAAAAGGUGGCUUUGGCUGAAGCCUAGUCCUGUGACUCCCCUUUUCUGUGAGUGACCGAAAGAACCGCAAUCGUUGCCUGCUGAGCCCAGCCUGUAUCUGGACACUCUGUGAAUAUAUUAUCUGGCAAUGUUGGGUUAUUCCAACCAAAGACAUUUCAAGUGCCUGUUAAUUGAUUUGUACAUAUUUAUAAAAGAAAACAAUAUAUUCAGAAGCUGGUCAGAUGAUGCACUCACUUCGCACCGGGGUGCGACCAGAACCUUUCAAUCUUUUACCUGUGGACUUCACCACCGCUGCCGCUGUGUGUUUGUGUAAAUAGGGUAAUAAUGUGGCUACAUCUCGCCUGGCUGGAGGCGUCAGAGCUGGGGACAAUGCCUUGGCAAAUGUCUCAGAGGAUACAGAUUCUUCAUCGGGGGCUGUUUGAGUUUGGUUUUUGUUUUAGCCCAGCAGUAGUAUGCGUACAGUGGGGUUUGAAGCUGUCUGCACCUUUGAUAGGAUAUUCCAUUUCCAAAGCCACUGAUCCAGAGUGGUUUUGUGGCUUAAUAAGGAUAACAAUAAUAAUAAUAAUGCCCGUUCUUCAGUUCGCUCUUUGCUUGCAAGAAAAGAUAUCCAUCUUUCUAGGUUUGUUCUUUUUCUUUUUGUGAGGGGGAGGAAGAAGAAAAAUUUUAAAAUACAUAUUCACGUUUUAGUACUGCAGUAGUUAGGACAAACCUGUGCUUUUAUCCCAAGUAAAGCAAAUAUCUUUAAAAGAUGAAUCCCUUUGAGUCAUCCCAUGUUAAAGUGCUAAGUUUCAUUUUUUGUGUGGGGACUGUGGAAAGAUAUGGCCUUGUUGGCCUUUGUGGCCGGAUGCUUCACAGUCAUUUUUUCCUUCCUCUCUUGGCCUCUUUCCCUUUUGAAAUGAAAAAGUGGCUUCCUUGUUCCAAGGAGCUGAGCCAUGUCACCCUCUGGCCUGAGGGGCUGAGAGGAAAUCUGGGCCUGAACGAAACAAGAAGAUAAGGAGUUGAGCUCAUCCCUCCUCAUUCUCAUCCAGGGCAGCUUCAGGAAGCAGAAUUGCACAUCAUGAAUUGGUAACACUGAAAAGAACAUGUUUGUGACUGAUUUUCAUUCCUCUUCCCUCGAUGAAAGCCAGAUGAGUCUUGGUUCUCCCAUGACACUUUGUUCAUCUCAUUUUUUUCCCUUGAUUUUCCUUCUCUCAUUGUGGUUUGAUUUUUUUUUCUCCCCCUUUUUUAAAAAAGAAUUUGUAUUACCUUUUCUAACACUCUCUUCUUAUGUUUCCUCCUCAGUCUGCAAGAAGGGAGAACAUUUUAUAAACUUUCCCUACUCAUCUGAAAUGUGGGUCACCUUGAUGACCUUUCAUAAUUAAGGACCUUUAAUGUAUUGCCUUGGAAAGAGCAGCCCAUAUUCUUUCCUUUAAUCCUGGGUCCUCAGACUUAGCUAGUUUGGCCUCAAGACUCUGUCCCAGACUCCCUUAGAUGGAAAGCUGCUGUGGGCUUUUUCCCAGAAGACUGUUCCGACAGGCCAUCGCAGGAAUGUGCUGUUUCAGUGUUUCUCCUGAGUACAUUUCAAGCACAAUAAUCAUCUUUUUCUGAUAGACAAUGUUUUUUCUCUAUGGUAUUUGUUGCUGACGUGACGCAUGGGUAACUUGUUGAAUGUAGGUUUCUUUCUGGAGACCUUGAGCUCCAGACAGGAGCAGAUUCGGAAAUCACUCUUAGGCUUGAUUUCCAGAAAUGUCUUAUCAUUAAAAGGCUUCCAGAUUUUAGUUGAAGCUGCUACUGACUUAGAAUCCUGAUGAAGUGAAGCUAUAUGAAUAGAUUUAUAGCUGGUGUAUGUAUGUGUGUAUGUGUGUGUCUCUCGAGUGUGUGUUUAGGGGUGGGAGAUGCAGCCGAAAAAAUUUAUCUGAUUUGUUCUGCUCUCAGUUUUGUCAGAUAUGUAUAUAUGUUGCAGAUAAUUGAUAUUUUAAUUGAAGGGAGUGGGGUGGAGUGGGGAAUUGAUAGCCAAGGUAAGAAAUGAAGUCAAGAAUGGUGCUAGGAAGUGCCAAAAAAUACCCCGAGAAUCCAACCUUGCUUAAGGUAAGAGUGGAAAAUAACCAAUGUUCAUUAUUUAGUCAAACAAGCACCUGUCAAAGGGUAGCAGGUUGGAGAAGAUGGGCCCCUGGGGCAAUUGAAGGGCUGAGCAGAGAGGCAGCUUCCAGGCUAUGGCUGAGAUCUUGAGGAAAUGGAGGCUUCCUUGGAACUCCUCAAAGGCAGGGACACCCAUUCAUACCAUGGGAUUGACUCCUCAGGCUGGUGUCUCUUCCUUGAGACUCGCUCUUGGGUCUGGUAGGGUGGGGGGUGGGGUGCAGCCCCUUGGAGGGGCCCUCAAAUGUGGCUGCUAGAAGGUCAAGGACUUAAACGUCAGAGUGGUGGUUUCGGAUCAUAUUGAUCUCCUUUUUUGUUCCCUUUCACCGUGUGACUUGAAUCCGGCUCGAUUCUCUUGGUAAGUGUUUUUUUCCUGUAGUUAGCAAACUGUUGUCUAUCUUUUGGCAUCCUGUAGAGAGUCAGAGCCUUGGCUGUUGAUCAUCUUUUAGGUCAAUGCCCAAACGGCCGGAUGAUCCCAUUCACUUCUCUCGUUGCAUGAUGGCUAGUAGUUGAUCCGGUAAUGGCAUUCUCUGCUAGGUUAAUUUUCUGUGUUUGUAAGAUGUGCAUAUAUGCUUUACUGAAUAAAAACACCUGAGUUUA